AUGAGCACCCUCCAAAUCACAGACGGUCCAGCGACACCUGCGUGCCCGCUAGUCGUUGUGCCUCUGAGCCAACCUGGCCGCAUACUCUCCGUCGCUCUCCCGCCAUUCGCCUCGUCCCGGCACGUAGGCACUGGGGCGCUGGCAUAUGUCACCACGAGCUUACAUACUACCGCCGAACAACCGCUCCUCGCUGGCACAUCAAGACUACAGUCCCACCCGCACAUAGUCUCCCCUGCGCGCACGCUAAAUUGCACGGAAGGCGCGUACGUCGUCCCAUCCUCAGGACAGGGGUCAAUAUUUCAAUCGUCGCGCGGCGCGCAGGAUAGGAGACCCGCCCGCAUCACAGGUCCACACGACCUCAACUUCCUGCAGAACCGUCGCUCCCCACGCACUGAGCACUCGCCAAAUAACCGCCACCCGGAUGCUCGCCGCUAUUCCCAAACCAUUUCUCCACCGCGCCCCGUCCUCCGCUCGUCACCCAGCGGCGCGAAUUCCUGUGUCCUGCUCUCCUUUGGCUCAGCUAUGAUCUUCGGCAAGCUCACCGAGCUGGCGACCAAGGAUGUGUACCACCUCUUCGAUGUCGAGGCUGUCGAUGCACCCAGCGGGAUAUCUUCGGACGGCUUGCGGCCGACAACAUCGCUGGCGCGAUAUCUCCGGAUAUUCACCGCGGGCGUCGGAGUUCUGGGCGCUGGGGACCCAGCAUUCCGCUUGGACCAACAUGUGAGGCACGCGCGGUGCGAGCGUGCUUGUCCGUGCAUGUUGAGAGUUCCCGAGCAGCACAGCAGUCGCGACGGACUACAGGCCGCCAGACAAACAUCGCACAACGAAGCCCUCACUUUCAUCGGGAAUCACGGCUCUCCAGGCACCACGCCUACUCUCAGCUUGACGAGCUCAGCACGUGGUACGUUGAUUUCGACAAUCACAAUGUCGGCGGAGUUCGUCGGGGACGUCUCUCCGGAGUUGUCGCUGACUGGCGGCGUGCCCCAGCGAGGGUGGUUGGGACUUCUCUCCUAG